AUGGCAGAUCGUGUUCUUCGGCUCUAUGCUGGAACGGAAAAGCCAACAUCAAGCCUUACGGAUAUGGCCGAAUUCAUAACUAAAGUGUAUACCCCAAUGUGGUUUAAUAUUAAACUAAAUUUCAGUUCCACUAGUGGUAGUUUUCAAGUAUUUAAAACGAUUGAACUGUCACGGUAUUUAAGAGAUGAUUCAAGAAGUAUUGUGGAUACGGUAAUCAAAAGAAACGCGUAUUUUAUACACCCCGAAAAUAUUCUUUUGUGUAUGCUAACAGACACUCGUGAAUGGGUUCGGGAACUAUCUCUACAAAGAAUCUUAAAAGCUAGAGAAAACAGUCGAGAAACCGUUGAAGUAAGACACUUUGUGGUACCCAAAAUUAAUUUCAAUACUACAGACUACUUUGAGUUAAUUUACUGGAAUGAGUGCGAUGUGACACCUCCUCCUGUUUUAAGAGAUUUUACUGAUGAUACUCUUAAAAACCUUAUAAACGAAACCGAAAUUCCAGACUUUGAUUUCCGAAGUUCCCUUGCCAUACUCAAUCCGUGGAGGGAUGCGAAAAAUUAG